AUGGCAUCCACCUCACCAGCAUCAUCACAGCGUCUCCCGCCUGGAAUCUACGCGCCAACACAAGUCUUCUUCCAUGAGCCAACCGAGGACUUGGAUCUGGACACCAUCGGCCGUCAUGCCGUCCGUCUCGCAAAAGCCGGAAUGGCUGGCAUCGUCACCAAUGGCUCCAACGGCGAAGCUGUCUACCUCACCUCCGCCGAGCGACACACCGUGACGGCCACUACCCGCCAGGCCCUCAACGCCGCCGGUUUCUCACACAUCCCUAUUAUCGUGGGCGCCUCAGACCAGUCCCUACGCGGCACUAUCCAGCUCUGCAAAGACGCGCAAGAUGCCGGCGGCGAUGCUGUCCUACUGCUUACCCCCAGCUUCUUCAAGUGGGCAAUGACGCCCGUUGCAAUCCUCGAAUUCUUCACGAAGGUCGCUGAUGCCUCUCCGCUACCAGUCAUCAUCUACAACUACCCCGGCGCGAUCUCGGGCAUCGACCUCGACUCCGAGACGCUGAUCGCCCUGGCGCAACACCCCAACAUCGUCGGCACCAAGUUCACAUGCGGCAACGUUGGCAAGCUGGCGCGCGUCGCGGGUGCGACUAAGAGCGUCUCGCCGAUUGCGAAGGGCGAGAGGUCUGACUAUAUGGCAUUUGCAGGCAUUGCCGAUUUCAUCACGCCCGCGCUGGCUGUGGGCGGGUCUGGAGCAAUCGUGGGCGCAGCGAAUGUGUUCCCCCGCGCGUGCGUAAACGUGUAUAACCUAUAUGUCGAGGGGAAGGAUGAGGAGGCCAGAGACGCGCAGGCGAGACUCGCGGUGGCAGAUUGGGCGUUGACGAAGAGGGCGAUUCCAGGGUUUAAGGCGAUAUUGCAGCACUUCGAGGGAUAUGGAGGUAGGCCGAGACAGCCGAUGCAGACGCUGAGUGAAGAGGGCGCGGCGGAGUUGAUGAAGGAGAUUGGGGAGAUGAUGCAGUUUGAGAAGAGCUUACCAGACGUUGCGUGA